AUGUUGUUCGAUUUGCUGGCCGCGGUCAAAGCCUUGGGGCAUCUCAUGUCCCUUGGCGUGCUCGACAACCCAACGAGCCUCACGCAGUCAUCCGUGUCCGGAAACUCAGUAAAGAGCACGGUCAACGUCCAAGACUCAGCCGUUUGCGGUGAUAUAAUGAACGAGGCGAAUGUCAAUGGUACAUCCCUAUUCUGGGCCAGCGAUGUCUAUGCUUGCCUGCGCAAUGUUCCCUUCAGUAUAGCACCCGCUUUGCGAUUUUUAGACUACUUCAACACAACCAUACAGUUUCAAAGUACGCUGGCAUUUCUCAAGAACCCGCCGCAAGGGUAUCAGCAGCCACCUGUAAACGUCGACGAAACGCUACAGCGCAUCAAGACGAACGUUAAGGCAGGAUACUACAUGAACCAGUAUGACUUUGAAGCAGAUGUGCAAAGGCUCGUGUUUGCAAUGCACGAUGCUCAUGUGCACGUGCGGUCCGGUAUCCUCUCGCCCUUCUCUUUUGGAAGUCAAUGGGCAAUAUCCUCAGUGUCAGUCGAUGGCAAGAAGACCCCCAGCAUCUACUUGACUGAUGAUAUCUUGCAAGCACAAGAAGAUAACUGGAGGUGGACACCCUCGGCGAUCACAAAGAUCAACGGCGAGGACGUUAUUGACUAUCUCACAAAGUUUGCCUCUGCGAACUCGCUGGGAAGACUGGAGGGCCACGCCGAAUGGAACGACCUGAUGAGCCAUCCUGCUCAGGAUGUCCUUGGUCGGGAUAAUAUUUGGACUGGCGAUGCCACAUUCUAUCCCGGAGACCAGCUCAACUUUAGCUUUGAGAACAAGUCGGACACGCUCCAGAGUUGGUGGGUGUCAUUUUAUGACUACGGUCAAGACACUGGCCCGAUAGCGAAUGGUGGGGACUUCUACAACUUCUUUGUUCUCGGCAUCUACCCGGCAACCAAUGAGUCCGAAUCAUUCCGGGCAGCGGAUAGCUCUGUGGCUAGACGAUGGAAGCCAACGGCCAGACGCGAUGAGGAGACCACCAACAUCGAUGAGACGUCGGAGGAGGAGGUAGUCGACCCCAGCUGGAACUCAAUCAGUUUCGGCGCUUAUCCAGAAAAACCCGACAUUUACCAGCCUGAUCUCCUGGUGAAUGGCAGUGGUGUCGUGACUGGCUAUUUUCUGCCCGACAUAUCCACCGGUGUACUAAGUCUCCCAACUUUCAAGCAGUAUGGCGACGAACUGUAUGCAUUCUCGGAAACUGUCCAGAAGUUCAUCGACGGCGCGGUGAAGAAGAAGAUCGAUCACGUCGUGAUUGACCUCCAGCAGAACUCUGGAGGAGACGUCGUGCUGGCUUUCGACACGUUUUCCCGGUUCUUCCCAGAGAAGGGACCGUUUGCCGGGAGCCGGCGGCGAGGUCAUGAGAUGGGCCGUGUGCUGGGGAAUGCCACGACGACGUGGUGGUCUAGACUGGAUCCGAAUAGCGACAAUGACGAAGACGUAGAUGACUGGUGGGAGGGCCUAGCAGAUGAAUGGAUCAUCACGCCGCGCCUAAAGGCCGAAACCCGGAGAAACUUCCAGGAUUGGGAGGAUUAUGCUGGCCCCAAAAAGUAUCUUGGUGACGAUUUCACAGUCUUGGAGGAGUAUAACCUCUCUGAUGAGAACUUCACCUAUCAAGCGAUGGACAUGUCACCGUAUGGUUAUGCCGACAACCCUAGCAACACGACACAGAAGUGGGAUCCGAAAGACAUCGUACUUCUCACCGACGGCCUGUGCUCCUCAACAUGCUCAAUGUUCGUCGAGUUCAUGACUCGAAUGGGCGUCCGCACUAUCGUCAUGGGCGGCCGCCCUGAUACAGGCCCCAUGCAAGCAGCUAGUGGUACCCGGGGUGCAAGAGCCUACACCGCCAGCAGCCUAGACAACGAUCUGGCUUGGGCGGGUCACGUAGACACGACGGCGAACCGCACGUUCCCGGCCAUACCCAUAAAUGGACAGUACCGAGACUCAGGCAUGUGGGCCAAGUAUGUCGGGAUCAAUCUCCGCGACCAGAUCCGCGAGGACGAGAUGGAAGACGACGAUGCGGUCCCGCUGCAGUUCAAGUACGAAGCGGCCGACUGUCGUCUCUAUUAUACGAUGCACAACAUAUACAACAUGACUCGCCAGUGGCGAGACGUCGCAGCAGCGGCGUGGGAUGACACCUCGCUCUGUGUGAAGGGCUCGACAGGGUAUUCGACCACUGGGCAGAACAAACCCAAGAACAAGCCGCCCGCCACAUCGGCUGAAGCGGACUACCACAGUGUCCUCGGGGAUGGCUACACAUCCCCCGCUGAUGCUGAGGUGCUGUCUAGCCUAGAGUUUGCCGCUGGCAACCUGCUGGACGACUUCCCCCCCUCGACCGAGCUCCAGGAAUGUUACCAGGUCAAGGGCGAUCCGGACUGGCACUGUAAGGACAGCCGAAAGGUCUGCCUGAAGGUCAAUGUACGGUGCCCAUCGACGAGGAAGAAGAAGAGCACGGCCAAGACGCCCAUCAGGGUGUGCGUGCAGCAGUGCAGGCUUAGUGAAACGGAUUCCUCAUGUGCAGACUACGACGACGUGUACGGCAUGACCUGCGCCGCCUACACCCAGGUGGAACAGAAGGCCAGCGCGGAGCUGAUGGGCCAAGACGACACAGUACGCGAGACGAAGAAGUUCAAGGCCAAGGUGCUCAAGUGGCAGAACGUCUGCAAGCCGAAGUAUGGAACGAAAGAGAUCAGUCAGUGCCCAGCGUGA